CCCCUCCAAAGCCCCUACGGUGUGGUGAAGCACGUGACAACGGUGUGCCACGUCAGUGCAUGCCACCCGGUACGCCUCGUCACCGCCUGUCUGGGCAACUUGCUCCGUGCCGAUUCGCUCGCUUGCUGCUGUCUGAAACAAGGGUGGUGGGGAGGAGUGCAGUGCAGCGAUGGUCGGGACGGGCGUGGGGGAGAUCAAGCUGGUUGUUCUGACACACGGUCAUAUCGCUGGUGUGUUCAGGGGCACCCCUCCAUUCGCUUACGUGCCAUGCACUCAUCACUGCCCCUUGUGGCCUUUCGCGGUUUGGGCUGCCACCUUCUGCUCAUCACUUGCGUUUUACCUAGCCCCGAACCCCCGUUGCUCCCCUCGCUCCUCCCACGACUCUGCUGCUAUCUGCGCAACCACCACAUGACUGUUCCACCAGGACUGUUCCGUUACCUGCGCAUUCACCACCUGCACACUCGCCGCCUAGUGGCCAAGCUGUCCCUCCAGCCACUCAACUUCCUCUUGCUUUCUGCCAGAAGGGACAACCACCUUGACCACAGGAACCCGUCCCUACCAUUGGAUCUACCCCUGCUUUUCCCUUCCUUCACACCCCACCCCCCCACCCCGCGCCCCUCACUGCCUUCCAUUUCUCCUCAUCCUACCCCCCUUCUUACCCUCCCGGCAUCUCCCACCCUCGUCAGUUUCGCCCCUCCCACUGUUGUUUCCCCUCCCUUGCUGUUUCUGACCACCCCUCGUUUCCCCCUCCCUCUGGCCUCUCCCCUCUCAAUCUCCAGAGGCAGAGAAGACACCAGUAGCGGCAGCAGCAGCUGGAAGGUCGCGUCGCUGGUGUGUUCAAGGCCGAAUGUGCACGUUCCAUUCGCUCGCUUGCGAUGCACCUAUCGCUGCCCCUCGUUGUCUCUUGCAGCAUGUCUUACUGCUCGUGCCAUGUGUUUCGGCAUCAUAUG